AUGAGCAAUAAGAUAUUAAAUAAAGAUAAUGAUAACCUUCCCUGGGUUGAAAAAUACAGACCUGAGACACUAGAUGAUGUUUAUGGACAAACUGAAGUCGUUACCACGGUUCGCAAGUUCUUAGCAGAAGGUAAAUUGCCACAUUUAUUAUUUUAUGGACCACCAGGUACGGGUAAGACGUCUACUAUUGUCGCCCUUGCGCGUGAAAUAUAUGGACGAAAUUAUUCUAACAUGGUCUUGGAAUUGAAUGCUUCCGAUGAUAGAGGUAUUGAUGUUGUCAGGAACCAAAUUAAAGAUUUUGCCUCCACAAGACAGAUUUUUUCUAAGGGGUUUAAAUUAAUUAUUUUGGAUGAAGCUGAUGCUAUGACCAAUGCAGCUCAAAAUGCCUUGAGACGUAUCAUUGAGAAGUACACUAAGAAUACGAGAUUUUGUAUCUUGGCCAAUUAUUCGCACAAGUUAACACCUGCUCUGCUAAGUAGGUGCACCAGGUUUAGAUUUCAGCCAUUACCAAGAGAAGCCAUUGAAAUGAGAAUUGCCAACGUUCUUGUACACGAAAACUUGAAAUUAUCUGAUGAAGCUAAGGAAGCUUUAAUAACGUUAUCACAAGGUGAUAUGAGACGUGUAUUAAAUGUGUUACAAGCAAGUAAGGCUACAUUAGAUGAUCCUGUGAAAGAUGAGAUUGAUGCAGAAGUUAUAUACGAAUGUUGUGGAGCACCGAGACCUAAUGAUCUAAAAACUGUAUUAAAAUCGAUAUUAGAAGACGAUUGGAGCACAGCAUAUUACACUUUAACGAAAAUACGUAGUUUGAAAGGACUAGCAUUAAUUGAUUUAAUCGAAGGGAUCGUAAAGAUUUUGGAAGAUUACGAAUUGAAAAAUGAACUAACAAGAAUAACACUAUUGACUAAAUUGGGAGACAUUGAAUAUGCUAUAUCUAAGGGGGGUAACGAGAAGAUCCAGAGUAGUGCAGUUAUUGGCGCCAUCAAAUCAAGUUUUGAAUUAGAAGUUAACUAG